AGGGGCCGGGAGGCAGCAUGGAGGAGGCAGCCCGGAGCGGGCCCACCCGCUGCUGCUUGUGCCGCCGUCGCUGCCGCUGCUGCCGGCCCUGAGCCUGCCGGGGCUGCGCUGGGCAGGUGCCGCGGCGCCCCCUGACGGCCGUGCAAUGACGGGAGCCCCCGGGAGGCCCCAGUGAGGAGCCGGGCCCGGCGGCUCCGGGCAUGGACGAGUGGAAGGCCGGCCCCUCGGGGAAGCCCUUCGGGGCCAGGAAGAAGCGGGGCUGGUACCUGGCCUGGAAGUACCGGCUGACGAACCAGCGCCUUGUGCGGCGCCUCUGCCAGACAGGGGCCGUGCUGUUUUUGCUGGUGACCGUCCUUGUCAACAUCAAGCUGAUCCUGGACACACGCCGAGGGGCCGGCGAGGAUGGCGAGGACCUGGAGUCAGAGCAGGACUACGAAGAGACUCUGCAGCACCAGGAGCCGCCAAGGCGGGGCGCCCCUGGCCCCCACAGGGUGGUGGAUGUUGAGGUCUACUCCAGCAGGAGCAAAGUAUAUGUGGCUGUGGAUGGCACUACGGUCCUGGAGGAUGAGGCUCGGGAGCAGGGACGAGGCAUCCACGUUAUUGUUCUCAACCAGGCCACGGGCCACGUGAUGGCGAAGCGGGUGUUUGACACAUAUUCCCCCCACGAAGAUGAGGCCAUGGUUCUCUUCCUCAAUAUGGUGGCACCUGGCCGGGUCAUCAUCUGCACUGUCAAGGAUGAGGGCUCGUUCCACCUCAAGGAUACAGCCAAGGCCCUCCUGCGGAGUCUGGGCAGCCAGGCGGGGCCAGUGCUGGGCUGGCGGGACACCUGGGCCUUCGUCGGCCGGAAAGGAGGUGCCGUCCUUGGAGAGAAACACUCCAAAUCACCUACUUUGUCCUCCUGGGGAGAGCCCAUCCUGCUGAAGACGGAUGUCCCGCUGAGCUCAGCUGAAGAGGCAGAAUGUCACUGGGCAGACACUGAGCUGAACCGUCGUCGGAAACGCUUCUGCAGCAAAGUGGAGGGUUAUGGGAGUGUGUGCAGCUGUGGGGAUCCCACACCCAUUGAGUUCAACCCUGACCCGCUUCCCAACAACAAGGUUGCUGAUGUGCCUGUGGCAGUCAUUGCAGGGAAUCGACCUAACUACCUGUACAGGAUGCUGCGAUCUCUCCUCUCUGCUCAGGGUGUGAACCCCCACAUGAUAACGGUCUUCAUCGACGGCUACUAUGAGGAGCCCAUGGAUGUGGUCGCCCUGUUUGGUUUAAAGGGGAUCCAACACACGCCCAUCAGCAUCAAGAAUGCCCGAGUGACCCAGCACUAUAAGGCCAGCCUUACCGCCACCUUCAACCUCUACCCUGAGGCAAAGUUUGCUGUGGUCCUUGAAGAAGACUUAGACAUUGCUGUAGAUUUCUUCAGCUUCCUCAGUCAGUCCAUCCACCUGCUGGAGGAAGACGAGUCCGUCUACUGUAUCUCUGCCUGGAAUGAUCAGGGGUAUGAACACACAGCUGAAGACCCGGCGCUGCUCUAUCGAGUGGAGACCAUGCCUGGCCUGGGCUGGGUGCUCAGGAAAUCCUUGUACAAAGAGGAGCUGGAGCCACGCUGGCCCACGCCGGAGAAGCUCUGGGACUGGGACAUGUGGAUGCGGAUGCCUGAGCAGCGCCGAGGCCGCGAGUGCAUCAUCCCCGACGUUUCCCGUUCUUACCACUUUGGCAUUGUGGGCCUCAACAUGAAUGGCUAUUUCCACGAGGCCUACUUUAAGAAGCACAAAUUCAAUACCGUCCCCAGCGUCCAGCUCCGGAAUGUAGACAGCCUGAAGAAGGAUGCUUAUGAGGUAGAGGUCCUUCGACUACUCAGUGAGGCCGAGGUCCUGGACCACAGCAAGGAUCCAUGUGAGGAAUCCUUUGUGCCAGACACUGAGGGCCGCACAUACGUGACCUUCAUCCGAAUGGAGCAGGACAAUGACUUCACCACAUGGACCCAGCUUGCCAAGUGCCUGCACAUCUGGGACCUAGAUGUCCGAGGCAACCACCGGGGCCUAUGGAGACUCUUCCGGAAGAAGAAUCACUUCCUGGUGGUCGGCGUCCCAGCCUCCCCAUACUCGGUGAAGAAGCCACUGUCGGUGACCCCUAUCUUCCUGGAGCCACCAGCAAAGGAGGAGGGUGCAGGGCCCGGAGGAGCCAUGGAGCAGACGUGAGGGGCCGCCUGCCAGGCUGGGCCUGGGGAAGCCCAGUGUCCACCCUCCUGAGAGCCUCUCCUGACGGCUGGAACCUCAUCUGCUUUUAACCCAAGACUGUUUACUAACUCCCCAGGGAGGGGGAAAGGGAGGAGGCCCCCCCCCCAGCCGGGGGCAGGGUGUGCGGCUGUUAUUUAUUUACUUUCUGGGACUUCUCCAAGGAAGAUACUCUGGGGGGCUAAGAUGACAUGGGGCUGAGGAGGUUUCCUUGCACAGCUGAGACCUGAGCUAGGCCCCAUGGGAGGCGUGUGGGGUGCAGAGGCUAACUUAUUUAUUGAAUGUCCCAGGAUAUGCCCUCCUUUCUUCUUCCCCUUCCCCAGGUGAGACUGUUGGGGAAACUGAGGCAGUAGUGGGUGCUUCCUGCCUACAGUAAGGGGAAAGGGGGGGUGUUCUGCUCAUCCCUGUGAGAGUCGUGUCCAGGGGGGUUGCUGCCCUCUGCUGAGGGUGGAGAGGUCCUCAGCUCUUGGCUCUUACUCAGGAACUGACCUCCCUGGAUGGACACAGAUAGCCUGAGGCAGCACUGUGCAAGCCUGGUGUCCAGUCAGAUAAACUGACCAUUGAUUGAUUAAAAAAGGAG